AUGGACCGAAUGGUGACAGACAUACUUCUCCAAGUCUUCGGGAUCGGCGUCACAGUCUUCAUGUUCCUCUACUCCCACGGCAUCCCCCAGAAGAUCUACGCCAAGCUCCGCCAGCGCGCCCUCGCCGCCGACGCCGAGUCCAAGCGCCAGUUCGUCCGCGGCGCCCAGCUCCUCUCCCAGGCCAGGCGGAGCUCCACCUCCACCACCCGCUCAACCCUAGCCAAGCAAGCGGAGGAGCAAGCCGACAAGGCGAUCGCCUACGACCCGCGAGACGCCGCCGCUCACAUCCUCAAGGGCCUCGCUCUCGAUCUCCAAGGGUUCAAGACCUCCGCCCUCGCCUCCUUCGAUAUCGCGCUGUCUCCGCUGGCGAUCAAGUCGUUGACCGAGGUCGAGCGAGGGGACGCGCUCUACCGCAGGGCGGAGCUCCUGAUGUCGAUUAAGAAUCGCGAAGGGCGAGUUGAAUCGGCGAUUCAGGAUCUGACUCGGGCGGUGGAGAUUUGUGAGGAUAAAGCCAAGGCGUUUAGGCUGUUGGGAGAGUGUUACGAGGCGGAGGAGAAGAAGGAAGAGGCGAGGAACGCGUACGAAGAAGCUCUGAAGGUCGAACCGGAGUACCCGGCGGCCCGAGCAGCUUUGGACCGGUUGGGAGAGUAG